GCAGAGCUCAGUACUCAACAAUGGCAGACUUUCCCAAGCCGCCGUUACUUCCUCUGAUUUCCUUAUUCCUUGUCGCCUUCUUCCAUCCAGUACUCUCAUCUCGGUUCAUCCGCUCUCCGGGAGGAGCCGCCUCCCGCUUUCUCGGCAAGUUCGCCGCCGGCGGGGGUUCGGGAGCUACGCCUUACUCGUACGAGACUCGGUACUUCGAGCAGAAUCUCGAUCACUUCGGAUUUUCGGAACUGCCUUCCUUCCGUCAACGCUACCUCAUUAACACUGAGCAUUGGGCGGGUCCCGAGCAGCUCGGUCCGAUCUUUUUUUACUGCGGGAAUGAAGGCGACAUCGAAUGGUUCGCUUCCAAUACCGGCUUCCUGUGGGAGAUCGCUCCUCGUUUUCGUGCCAUGGUCGUCUUUCCCGAGCAUAGGUACUAUGGAGAGUCGAUGCCGUAUGGCAGUAAGGAGGUGGCCUAUAAGAAUGUAACCACGCUAGCUCAUUUAACAGCUGAGCAAGCCCUUGCUGAUUUUGCUGUGUUGAUCACUGACUUGAAGAGGAAUUUGUCUGCCCAAGCUUGUCCUGUGGUGCUUUUUGGUGGAUCAUAUGGUGGAAUGUUGGCUGCGUGGAUGAGGCUGAAGUAUCCCCACAUUGCCAUUGGGGCGCUCGCUUCUUCAGCGCCAGUGCUUCAAUUUGAGGAUGUUGUGCCUCCGGAGACAUUUUACGAUAUUGUCUCUAAUGGCUUCAGACGUGAGAGUGUUAGCUGCUUUAAUUCUAUAAAAGAAUCAUGGGAUGCAAUAGAAACCGAGGCACAUAAAAGUAACGGGCUUUCUUAUUUGACUAAAGCUUUUGGUUUUUGCAGGAAACUAAAGAGUGUUGAUGAUCUUUAUGACUGGCUGGAGUCGGCUUAUAGUUAUUUGGCAAUGGCAAACUAUCCAUACCCAUCCGACUUUCUAAUGCCCUUGCCUGGAAAUCCAAUUAAGGAGGUAUGUAGGAAGAUUGAUGACUUUCCCAAUGGGACUGAUGUCUUGAAGCGCAUAUUCGCUGGAGUUAGCGUUUAUUACAAUUACACUGGUAGAGUUGAUUGCUUCGAUGUGGAUGAUGACCCUCAUGGUAUGAGUGGGUGGAAUUGGCAGGCCUGCACCGAGAUGGUAAUGCCUAUGUCCAGUAGCAGGAAUGGUAGCAUGUUUCCAACAUACGACUAUAACUACUCUUCCAUGGUAGAGUGGUGUUUCAAGAGUUAUCAUGUCAAGCCCAGACCUAACUGGAUAACUACUGAAUUUGGUGGACAUGGAUUCAAGAAAGUCCUGGGAAACUUUGGAAGCAAUAUCAUUUUCUCGAAUGGGCUAUUGGACCCCUGGAGCGGUGGCAGUGUUUUGGAGUCUGUAUCCGAAACCAUUGUAGCUCUUGUAACAGAAAAAGGUGCCCAUCACUUGGAUUUGCGACCGGCAACUGCCGAGGAUCCUGACUGGCUGCUGGAGCAGAGGGCCGUCGAAGUCAAGUUGAUUCGCGGAUGGUUGGAUGAAUACUUCGAGAAGACAACGAAGAAGAAGAAGAUCAUAAGAGUUUUUGAUAUGUAACAAAUUUGAAUUCAGACAGCCUUGUCUGUUUUGUUCCAAACUAUCUUACGGGUGACGAUGGUCUAAAGCUCUAUCUAAAGCACUGAUGCAUGUUAUAAUAUUAGAAUAGUAUUAAUUAUUGAUGUUUUCAGUUAUAUUAGUAAAGGAAACAACAGAGACAGUAUGGAGCAUUGACGGAUGAUGAAGGGUAGUGUGUAAUUAAUGAGGAGAGAGAGUAAUUAAUUAGGUUGUACUGUACUGGCUGGACCGCUAGGAAAUAACGGUUUAUUUAUUUAGUCACCAAACAUCCAAUUUUUACUAUUG